AUAAAAUCUCCUGUUGCUGUCAGAUUCAUACUUCCAGAGAUGACAUCUCAAAAAACCGCAGACGAGUAGAAAAACCCCAAACACAGUGGAUGUGCUUGUUCGAAGCGAAAGCCUCUAGAAAGGAGUGGAUUUGCGCACAAUUUCGUCCAUUAGCUGAAGGCUUUUCACCGCUGUGCCAUGGAGUUUCCUGAUCUCGGGGAGCACUGCUCAGAGAAGAGCUGCAAACGUCUCGAUUUUCUUCCUAUGAAAUGUGAUGCCUGUGAAGAAAUUUUCUGCAAGGACCACAUAACGUAUGCAAAUCACAAGUGCACUUCAUCAUAUAAGAAGGAUGUCCAGGUUCCUGUAUGCCCAUUGUGCAACACCCCCAUUCCCAUUAGAAGAGGGGAAAUGCCAGACAUCAAAGUUGGGGAACACAUAGACAGAGACUGCAAAUCUGACCCUGCUCAGAGGAAACGAAAGAUCUUUACAAAUAAAUGCUCCAAGGGUGGCUGUAAGCAGAAGGAAAUGAUCCGGGUGACAUGUGACCAGUGCCACUUGAACUACUGUCUCAAACAUAGACACCCACUCGACCAUGACUGUAAGACUGACAGCAAGCCAGUCUCCAAAUCAGGGCAUGCUGCUUUAUUGAGGGCUCAAGCCGCCUCUUCUAGUAACGCUGGGGCGUCAUCCACUAGAGGGAGCUCUAGGACCAUGUCAAAUGGAGUAACUGGAAACACCAGACCUCAGAGCAGCAGUGCACUAAGGACAUCGCCUGCAUCUCCUCCCAUGGUGUCUCCCAUAGCACAGAAUGUAAUUCCCUCAUCAGUGUCAUAUCAAGGCGGGCUGACGGAGGAGCAAGCCCUCCAGAGAGCAUUAGAAAUGUCACUGGCUGAAUCUGCUCGAACAAGCCAGCCAACUCUAAGUCCUCAGGAGCAGGAGGAUCUGGCCAUGGCUCAGGCUCUCGCUGCUAGUGAAGAAGAAUACAGGCGACAGCAGCAGAGACAGGUAGCCAGAAACCUUAACAGUCAGUAGCAUGCUAUGCUAGCAGGACCUCAUCUAGGGGGGAGUUUCCAAACAGUCCAGCUGCUGCCUGUCGUAAUGUGAGGUGGCACUGACCAACUUUAAUCUGCCUCAAUCUGCACAUAAGCACCAAUAAUGUACCAGUGAGCUGCACAUGUGGAUUCCUCAGUCCAGCAUAUAAAGCUUCUACUUCCCAAAUCAACACAUCUGAAGGCUGUUAUGUUGUCGUUGUUUUUCUGUUUCGCGUCUCUUUAGUGUGCUUCUUAGACAGGCAGUUGUGCCGUUUUGGCAAGUGGUGCUUCAUGUAAAUAUUUUAUAUAGUUAUCAUGUUAAUCUGUCAAUCAAUGUAGAUGUCUUUUGAAAUAAAUUAUUUUAAAGUGUU